AUGGAGAAUGACCCGGAAUCGAAUCCACCACUCGACCAUCUAAAGACCGCCGACCAGGUCGCUCAAGAUGCGCAGGAUCUCGCCUAUCUCGGCCAUGACCAGGCCCUUUCGCGAAAAUUCAGUAGGAUGAGCAUGCUAUUCCUCGCCAUAUCCGUACUGGGAACUUGGUCUACAUUUGCGCAAGGACUUUCGAGCGGUAUCACCAGCGGCGGACCAGUUGCUAUUCUCUGGGGCCUCGUCCUCGUCCUGUUUUGCAAUAUCUGCGUGGCCGUCUCAUUGGGGGAGCUCUGCAGUAGUAUGCCAACAGCCUUGGGACAGGCGUACUGGAUAUUCCGUCUGUGGCCAUCUGGCCGCUUUGUGUCCUACCUCUGCGCAUGGAUCAAUACCUUUGGAUGGUGGACGCUUUCUGCCUCACAGGUUGCUUUUAUGGCCAACUUUAUCUUGAGCAUGAAGGUUCUCUUUGUGCCGGACUGGUCCGAGGUCAGUGUUGGAUGGAUCAACUUUCUUCUCUAUCUUGCCGUCACUCUGGUGGUUACGGUCGCCAAUCUCGUUGCCUGCCGGAAAGAUGCUAUACUACCGGCAUUCAACAACUUUGUCGGAAUUUGCUUUAUCGGACUCUUCUUCAUCUUCAGCCUGGCCCUUCUCAUCUCCGUUGGAGUCAGACCAAACUUGCAGUUCCAGCCAGCCUCAUUCGUCUUUGGACAAUGGAUCAACCAGACUGGCUGGGGAGACGGGGUGACCUGGUUUACAGGCCUUCUUCAAGCUGCAUAUGGGUUGACGGCCUUUGACUCCGCUGUCCAUUUGGCUGAAGAAAUCCCGGCACCUCGCAAAAACAUUCCGCGCGUUAUUUGGCUUUCAGUCACACUGGGAGCUCUUACUGGGUUUAUCUUCAUGGUGGUGUGUUUGUUCUGUAUCCAGAAUCUUGACACCAUCCUAAACCCUCCUACUGGUCUGCCUUUCAUGGAUCUAGUUCAUGAGGCUGUCGGACUGCAGGGGGCAACUGUCCUGCUCUCCCUAUUCAUCUUCAAUGGUCUUGGUCAAGCUAUCAGUAUUGUUACCACCGCCUCUCGUCUUACCUGGGGAUUUGCGCGAGAUGGCGGGAUGCCCUGGAGCAGCUACUUCUCAAGGGUGAAUGAGGCUUGGCGUGUGCCGGCUCGCGCAUUAUGGCUUCAGGGAGCCAUUGUUGGCGUUGUUGGCGUGCUCUACAUGUUUGCUAACACGGUGCUCGAGGCGAUUCUCAGUGUCAGCACAAUCGCCCUUACGAUAUCUUAUGGGAUGCCUAUCCUGACUCUCCUACUCGUCGGGCGAGACAAGCUUCCGCCUGGAGAGUUCAGAUUGGGACGCCUCGGCCCGGCAAUCAACUGGAUCUCCGUCAUCUACUGCGCUAUUACUACGGUGUUUUUCUUUUUUCCAUCGGCACCCAAUCCAGCACCAGCUGAUAUGAAUUACGCAAUCGCAGUCUUUGGAGUCAUGAUGGUGGUGACUCUGGGUUUCUGGUUCAUCAAGGGGCAGUACACGUAUCUCAAGACGGAUGAUGCGGCAGAGCGAAUUAUUGAGGCUCAGAAUGCCGAGGUGACUAUUGCUCCGGUUCCUCGUAAGAAUUAG